GCCCAGACGCUGCAGCCGACGCCUGCCAGGCGCGAGCCCCCUACAGGGCGGCGGGGUCAGAGCUGGGACCUCUGUCCUGCGGGCCCAGGGCGGCGGUGCCGGUAACAGCUGUCCUCUUCCUUCCGGAAAGCGGGGCCCGUGAUCUGCCGGAUGCUGAGCCACCCCCCGGCGCGCCGCGCGCUGGUCGUGGGCUGCGGGCUGCAGGUGUUCCAGCAGCUGGCGGGCAUCAACACCAUCAUGUACUACAGUGCCACCAUCCUGCAGAUGGCGGGGGUGGCCGACGACCGGCUGGCCAUCUGGCUGGCCUCCCUGACUGCCUUCACCAACUUCCUUUUCACGCUCGUGGGUGUCUGGCUGGUGGAGAAGACCGGCCGCCGGAAGCUGACCUUGGCCAGCCUGGCUGGCACCACCGUGGCGCUCCUGGUCCUGGCGCUGGGGUUCCUGCUGUCCGCCCGUGAGUCCCCCCACGUCUCCCUCUGGCCAGCCGCCCCGCCAGGCCAGAACUCCUCCUGUGCCCGAUACAGGUGACCAACCGCAGCUCCC